UGAUGGAUACCAUUCUAGUCAUGAACACGAGCAAUACCAACAAUGCUAGCGGGGAUCUAUUAGCGGCGAAUCAGACAGGCAGCUUGACGGUGUACAAGUUACUGUAUGAUUACGUGCUUCCAAUAAUUGUGUUUGUGGGACUUGUCGGAAAUCUGACGUCUAUAUACCUGAUGCUGGUUGACAAGCAGAUGCGCAAAGUAUCCUCCAGUGUUUUUCUGAUGUCCGUUCUAGCGGCGGACACAGGGAUGCUUGUAGGUCUAUUACUGGUCUGGAUUGAGUCGCUGGGGUACCCCUUAAAUCAUCUUCCGGCAGUGUGUCGCAUCAACGUCUAUCUUACAUACGUCUUUGGAUUCCUCUCAAUAUGGUAUGUGGUAUGCAUAACCGUUGAGACGUUCAUUACCAUUUGUCAUCCAACAAAGAUCAAACAAAUGUGCACGCUGUUCCGAGCACGUGCUGUGGCGGUGAUGCUGCUUGUCACAGCCCUCGUACUGUAUGUGGUGGCCCCAAUUAUCACCGAGGUACAAAGCGCGCCUCAUUCAAACGCCACCAAACAAUGUCAGCCAAUCGCGAAAUACGGUGGCCUACAUCAACUUGUCUUCUACGCCGACCUGGUGCUGACCUUGUUCGUACCGUUCGUUCUCCUCAUCAUUUUGCUGACUUUCAUGACAGUCGCCAUUGUUCGUUCGGUGAAGAGAAAACAGAAAAGAACAAUCAAGAAAACCAACGAGGAUGGCAAUCAGUCUAGCAUAGGAAAACUGCCACAGGCGCUGUGUUGGAUAGACUGGACUGCUGACUUGAACGCGUCCAGGCUAGGGGCUGUAACGACUGAGAAGCUUCAGGCUGUUGCUUUGUCUGGUAGGUCUAAUAAAUGCUGGGGUUGGGAUGUAUGUGACAGGAACAGCGAUAAGACCAUUAAUGACUAUGAAGAGGAGGACUAA